GGUGAAACCCUGGAGAAAUCGGCCCGUUCCACAGGCGCAAAUGGCAAUAAUUCGGCAGACAUCGACAGCACGCUGGCAGACUUCCUGGCGGAGAUCGAUGCUAUCACGGCUCCUCCGCAGCCAGCCGGGCCCACCGCCUCCUCCGCACCACCCCCGACACCUCCCCGCCCAGAGCCUAAGGAGUCGGGCUCGGGCCAGUCCUUGGGCACUGCCAACGGCGCGAGCUCUGCGCCAGCCCCGGAGUGGCAGUAUGACACCCAGUGCUCGCUGGCAGGAGUGGGGGAGCUGGAGAUGGGCGACUGGCAGGAGGUGUGGGACGAGAACACGGGCUGCUACUAUUACUGGAACACCCAGAGCAACGAGGUGACCUGGGAGCUGCCGCAGUACCUGGCGACGCAGGUCCAGGGCCUGCAGCACUACCAGCACAGCACCGUGACAGGCGCCAACGGCAGCUUCGUAGCGGCUGCAGAGCUGUACCCCCAGGAGAAGGGGGCUGCCCCAGGCAGCAUCAGCCGUGGGGCCAGCCUCGCCAAGCGGGAAGUAAAGAAGGAAGUGAAUGAAGGCGUGCAGGCGCUCUCCAACAGCGAGGAGGAGAAGAAGGGGGUGGCUGCAGCCCUCCUGGCACCACUCUUGCCCGACGUGGUGAAGGAGGAAGAGGAGCGCUGGAGGAGAAAAGUGAUCUGCAAAGAGGAGGUUGAGCCGCUCCCGGAAGAGGAGACGAAAGCGGAAGAAGCGGCGGUUGCCCCUGAAGAGCUGGAGCCUGGCAGGGAUCCCCUGGAAGACACGCUGCAGGAGGAUCUGUGCAGCGUGGUGCAGUCGGGGGAGAGCGCUGAGGAAGAGGAGGAGCAAGACACCCUCGAGCUGGAGAUGGUGCUGGAGAGAAAGAAGGCGGAGCUGCGCGCCUUGGAGGAAGGCGAUGGCAGCGUUUCGGGCUCCAGCCCUCUCUCCGAUGGGAGUCAGUCGGCCUCGCAGGAUGCAACCCGCAGGCUGGCCUCCAAGCGAGGGAAAUGGAAACUGUUUGUCGGAGCCACCAGCCCCGAAUCUGCCAGUCGAGGCUCCAGCAAAACGGGCCGGGAGAGCCCGGAAGCGGGAGAAGCAGCAGUGAGCACAGAAGCAGCUGAUGCAAAUUCAGACAAAGAGAUGGAGUCUGAGGAGCCCCAGGAGAAAGCAAAAGCCCAGGGGGCACCAAAAAUAGAAGAGGAGGAGCAGGACCUAAAGUUUCAGAUCGGAGAGCUGGCAAAUACUCUGACUAGUAAAUUGGAGUUCCUGGGCAUCAACAGACAAUCUAUCUCCAACUUCCACAUGUUGCUGUUGCAGACAGAG